ACGAAUGCACCACCGACUGGACCCCCUGCGAGAGCCUACGUCAACCCUUCCUUCGUAUCACAGUCGCCAUCGACAGGACAAGCGCAGUCACAAGUUGAUCCGAAUGCUCUCGUGCAAGCCAUGUCGUUCAUGUCUACACCCGCUGGACAGCAGUCCAUGGCCGCGUUCGCCAACCAUAUGGCAAGUGCGGGAAAUACUGCACCCCAGUACUCACAGUCACCUCCACACCAUCAUGCGCAACCAGUGCCUCGAUACUCCCCACCCCAGCAUGCAGGCCAGAAGCGAAAGCUUAACGAUCGCAACAGUCUUCCACAGUCGCAGUCGCAACGAAAACCACCGCAACAAAGCACGAAGCCGCCACGGGCGAAAGCUGCUGUGCCCCCACCCGUUCCUAGUUUUGGCUUCUCGCUACCCACGCCUUCUGUCGUACGACCAUUGACGAUAUCAAAAGGGAAGGCCAAAACCGAUGCGAAGAAGCGCAAAGUCAACUUGGGACUCACUAAACACCCUCUGCCCGAGGAGAGCAGCGACGAGGAAGAUAUCGAUGAAGAAGCUAAAUAUGCUGAGAAGCUCGCUGGCGGAGGCUUUGCUUUCGAGCAUGAAGGCGAACAAAUCUCAAUACGAACUGCUGCGGAGGUUGCUGCAUGGAUUAAAGAUAGAAGGAAGAAUUUCCCGACACAAAAGAGGAUCUUGGAGAAGGCAGAAGUAGCUGCGAUGAAGCGGAUGAGUGAAUUAGACUUCUUGCGCAAGCUAAAAGGAAAGGCACCGAAGUCGGAGACGUCGACUCAGCAGGAUAAACCCGCAAAGAUUCGCGAUGAGAGAAAACCGAACAAGAAAAAGACGGAUGACGAUAUGCGAAGACAGGCAGAGCUAGCAGCGCUACGGAGGAAGCUUCACGAGAGCAUGUUGGCGAAAAACGCAAAGUCCUCGACUGUCGACCUAGGGCUUGGGUAUGACAGCGAGACGGAGUCAGACUCUGAGAGCUCCGUGCUCUCGGAAUCAUCCGUGGCGUCAAGCUCUGAGGAGUCAUCAGACGAAUCCGAAUCCGAAUCUGACGAAAGCGACGAAGCUCCAGAAGCGACGUCGUCGAAGGUCGGUCCUCCGCCGAUCAACGUUCCACGACCUGCGCCUCCACCAGCCCUACCCCGACCCGUGCCAGGAAAGCCCAAGGUUUGCUCCGAUUGGGAGCGGCAUGGGAGAUGUAGCUAUAGCAACAAGUGCAAGUUCGAGCAUCCGCGAAAGGAGGAGAAACGGAUAGGGCUGUUUGAGAUGAUGGUGGAGCAGGAAUUGGUCAAGGCGGAUGAAACAGCGCUUGAUGCGAUCAAGUAUUUGGGACAGCACGGCUUCCUAGGCUGA